GAUGCUGCAAUGAUCUGUUUGGUGUUUGGAGCCAAACUCUUCAGAGACAUGUUUUGUAUAUAUCUAAUAUAUUGAUGAAAAACAGUAUAUUAGGGGACCUUUAACUAAUAUAUUGACUAAUGAUGUCGUUUUUUUCAUUGGCUAACAUGGGCUUUUCUUUUUUAACUUAUAUGAUCAUUUUUGUAUCAAUGUCUCCAUCUUCAUUGAGAAGACUAGGAUUUAGUCAGCAUGUUUUGCAUGUCAGGGUUCUUAAUCCCAAGUCAAGGGGUGUUUGGAUAAAUACCUGAAUGAAGCUCAAGAGAUGUGUACUUUAUGUUCUACAAUAUAGAAUAAUUCCAUAAAUACCCACAACUUGGAGCUUCAACUUGUCAUAAAAAAGCAGUUGCUAACAAAUAGCUUAAUUUGCUAUUUGUUAAAAAAAAACAGUGAAACUCAUCUACUCAGGGACCCUGAAAUAGUUAUUUUAAAUCCUAACGUUAGCUUUAAACUUAUAAAAGGUACAGCAUCAGAGUAAGUAGGAAAGCAUCAUAAAUGUUUUUCACAAUAACUUUCAUAUCAUGGAGAAAUCACAUUAGCUUUUUGUCGAUGGAACCAGUUUGAUGCAAACUUUUGGGUUGGAUUACUUAAACACGUAAUUCCUGCCGUAGUUUAUUGGACUUCUCCUAGAGAAAGUUGAAGCAUUGACUGACGGAUCCUCUUCAGCCAAUCACAACAUGAUAGGUAUACAUGAUGUGGUAAUGAUCAUGUUACCUGAUUGUGCCAGCGAUAGAGCCAGUGCCUUAAGCACUGAAAUGUGCCUCUUUUAGUUUAGGACAAUCAUACCAGCUCAUGGUUGUAACUGAUAAAGAGUAUUUCUUUGUAAAUGUUUUGUGUCAAUGUAGAGGCUGGAGUUGAAAUCAGAGGGAGACUCUGUGUGGGACGGGACACUGAACGCCUCCAUAACAGCAGAGGAGCAAGAUCAAGAGAAUCCAGCAGAAGGUGUAAGAGCUGAUGAGCUGAAACCAAAGGAGGAGAGGGAGGAGGAGGAGGAGGAGGAGCAGCCAAAGCAUUCCAGACUGAGCGAUGAGGAGGAGGAUGAGUGUGAAGCAGAACAGGAAGUUUCUCACGGCCCGGACACUUCCUCUCUUACGGAGCUGAGACUCCCAGAGGAGGAAUCCCCGGACACCAAGCCCCUGCCCUCCUCCGGGCCCGGCUCCAGAGCCUCCUCUCCGGACAGUCCCGGAGCCACGCCGGAGCCCCCUGCUGGUCCCAAAGAGUAUCUGCUCGACCCUCUGAGCAUCACCUUUGGAGCGGAGGAGGUUGACUUGAGCGGAGAAGAAGAUGGAAUCCAGGAGAACAGGGAGGAGGAGGAAAGCUCCUUCUUACAGGAAGUGCUGAGCUCCCUGAAAACUCCCCUUGCGUCUUGCUCACUGAUGACUGAAGGGGUCGACCUGGAAAUAAAGGAGGAGGUGAAGGAAAGAGAAGUCGUGGAGAUGGAAGGAGAGGAGGUGGAGGAAGAAGAAGAGGAAGAGGUGGUGGAGCCUGUUGGUUAUCAGGCUGCUCCUGUUGACUCCAUCCUGUCACAUCAGUCUUCACAGGAAGAGGUUUCCACUUUAAGCACUGCUUCUUGUCAAGAUGUUGAACAAGAGGAGAGCAUGGAAGUUAAGGAAGAAGCAGCCUUAGAGGAAGAGGAGCUAGUGGUGGAAGAAGUCAGUCAAUACUGCCGAGAAGAGGAAGAGAACGCAGAAGAAGAAGACGAACCCGAGGAACAAAAUGAUACAGGAAACACCGUAAACAAGGCAGAGGAAGAGGGAAGAGGAGAAGAAGCGAGUGAGGAGGAGGAGGAGGAGGAGGAGGAGGAGGAGGCCAUUGAGCUGAAGAAAGAACCAGAGGUGGAAGAGGAAGAGGAGAGAGUAGAGGAAGCAGAGGAAGCAAUAGAGGAAGAGAGCGACGACGCAGAAGAGAUGACGGAGGCGUUUCCUGAUGCAGCUCAUGAUGACAUACAGCUGCAGGAGGAAGAUGAGGGUGUAGUUGUUGUGGUUGGAGAUGAUGGUGAAGCAAUGGAUGAUCAGGUGCAUGAAAGUCAUGUAGCUUCUGAUCAAAGCAUAGAAGAGGAGAGGGAAGAUGGAGAAGAGAGGAUGGAGGAAGUCAUAGACAUCAACAUGGAAAAAUCGGAGCAAGAGGAAGAUGGUGAAGCAGAUCAAAGUGAGCUAAACCUGCAGGAAGAAGGUGGAGAAACACCACAUUCAGACAUGAAGCAAGUGGACAAAGAACAAACAGAAGAAGUUUCUGUCAAGCCUUCUUCUUUGUCUCUCUCUGAAUCACACCACGAGCCUCCGUCACCUGAGAGUGGAAGCAUCUCUCCCAGCAAGACCUCCACCAUCCACAUUAAUCUACUCUCUCCGAGCUCAGAGAAGGCCCCAUCUUUCUUCCCAAAGUCCCCACCUGACACCCAGCCCAAAGAAAGUGAGACGCCUCAAGAAGCUGAGGAGCAGAACGCAGAAACAGAAGAUAGUGUGGAAACAGUAGAAGAAGAGAAACAGUCAGCUCUCGAGGAGGAAGCUACACUUCCUGUCUCUGUGGAGGAAGAGGUCAACCAGGUGUCCAGCCCCACCCGCUUCACCAUCACCCCCGCCUCGCAGAGGUCGCUGUCUGUCGGGGACGCAGAGGAGAGUUCCACACCUCCUUCCUCCCAAACCACAUCUUCAUCGUCCUCUGACGCAAGGCCCCAAGAGGUGGAGGUCAGUAAAGGGAAAGCAGAGCCAGCGAGUCCGGCGAAGGUUGAAGUGGUGUUGAGCCCGGGAAGAGCGAGGAACGCAGGGACCCCCACCACCACGUUGUCAUCAUCCAAUCAUCCGCAGACCCCAGCUGCUGCAAGCACAGAAGAGAGCUCCAUGGUGAUGGAGGGAAACCCCGACAAUCCGUUUGGAGUUCGGCUGAGGAAGACGUCGGCUCUGCCUCGCUUCAGCUCCGAGGAGGAAAACACAGAGCCUUCCAUGGAGCCUUCAGCUCAGCCAACCAGCUGUAGAGUUGACUCUCCGCAGCCAAUCAGUGUUAAGCCCUCCGUAAGUCAGCCUAUCAGCAACAAGCCCGCCCUCCCUAAGAAACCAGACGUACAAGGAGACAGUGGAGGGAAAAACAAGCGCAUGACAGAUCCAGCUGCAGCUCGGGGUGUUUCUGCUGGCUCUGAGUCUCCCAGCUGGAUUUCGCUGGCCAAACAGAAACACAAGAUCUACAAAGAAAACUCCCUCGAUGAGGUCUCUGUCAGGAAGGAGGAACCGGAGAGGAAGAGUUCCCUGCCAAUGAAUGUCAGCUCAGCGGCAAGUAACAAAACAGUGAGUGCGUUGGAGAUCGGUAAGCCUGCAGCGUCAGCAGAGAAGGGGUCCAGGAGGACUCUCUCUCCUCCCACUCCGGUCCCCCCUCAGCCUCCUAAACCCCAGUCCCUCCCCUGCCCCGUCCCUCCAAAGCCCCAGCUCCCCCCUGCCACCGCCAAACCUGCCCCCCAACUUCACUCCCCCCAAAGAUCUCUGUCCCCCUCUACUCCCACUCCUGUUCCCCAAAAAGCUCCCUCUUGCACAUCCCCCUCAAAACCUCCCCCCACAUCCAAGUCACUUACUUCCCCUCCUUUUUCAACAAAAAUCCCGGAAAAGUCCAAAGCUCCGGGGCUCCCCGGCCAGACCCCUGCCUCCCAGCGGGGCCAGCCCCCCCCUACCCUGCCCCAGGAUGAGCCACCCUGGAUGGCGCUGGCCAAGAAGAAGGCCAAAGCCUGGAGCGAGAUGCCCCAGAUCGUCCAGUGAUGGAAAGAGAUAUGGCUCCAUCAAAGAGUCUGGAUGGACAUUUGCACACAGUUGUUGUUUUCUUACUUUCUGGUUUCUGAUUGGUGCAAACCCUCCAAUCAGUGCUGAAGAGAGGCUCAGUGUAACUCCUUCUUCCUUAAUGUUGUACAUUCAUGUUUCUAAAGGACAGACCAAUGCGUCUUACUUGACGUGGAUAAAUGUUUUUCCAAACAGUCUAAGUAUGUUAAAAUGUGCCUAAAGGAAUGACUGCAGCAGAUAUGUACAAAUAUGAACUUUUAUCCAAAAUAA